UUAUGUAUGAACAAGAAAAUAAAGAGAAAAAAAUUCUAUAAUUCAUGAAAAUAUAUUUCAAAGAAAAACAUGCUCUCUCUCUACUUUGCUUAGAGAAAAAGCAUAAGGUGAGGAAGAGAAUUCUAUGGAUGAUAACAUAUGAUAAUAGUUUCUCAGUUUCAGUAUUAACAUAGUACCAAUGGCUAUAAGUGGUUUAAUUUCCAACAGAAACUUUACUUCUUUCAUUGCUUCAGGAAAUUAUCAAUUGAGAAAGGAUCUAUCACUUCAAAGAGGAGGCAUUUUUAGUGUUCAUCAUCAUGAAGGCCAGAUUGCAAAGAACCUCUUUGCAAGAAGAAGAAGCCAUAUUGAACAAAGAGAAGUAUAUGGACUAGUAGUAAGAAAGCUUAGUAAGGUAAAUAGAGCAUGUGUUCAUUACAGGUCAGAGGAGUAUGACAUUGAUGGAACAAAGGUGGAUCCUGUGGUAUCCGAUGAUGGAACGGGUGAAGCACUUCAAUUGGAAGGAAAUGGUGCACUGGUUUCUCCUUGGUGGCGGAAGCUUCCUAAGCGCUGGCUUAUUGUAUUGUUGUGCUUUACUGCAUUUCUUCUAUGCAACAUGGACCGCGUAAAUAUGAGCAUAGCGAUACUUCCAAUGUCACAAGAGUUUAACUGGAACAGUACAACAGUUGGCUUAAUUCAGUCAUCUUUUUUCUGGGGCUAUUUACUCACUCAGAUUCUUGGUGGCAUAUGGGCUGACAAACUUGGUGGGAAGGUAGUGCUAGGUUUCGGAGUUGUUUGGUGGUCAAUGGCAACAGUUUUAACACCUAUUGCUGCAAAACUUGGACUCCCUUAUUUGCUUAUUAUGCGCGCCUUUAUGGGAAUCGGUGAGGGUGUAGCGAUGCCUGCCAUGAAUAAUAUUCUGUCCAAGUGGAUUCCAGUUUCAGAAAGAAGCAGAUCACUUUCGCUAGUAUAUAGCGGCAUGUACCUUGGUUCUGUGGUAGGCUUGGCGUUCUCGCCUUUUCUGAUCCAAAACCUUGGGUGGCCAUCGGUGUUUUACUCGUUUGGAUCCCUUGGAAGUAUUUGGUUUGCUUUUUGGUUGCAAAAAGCAUAUAGCUCACCGAAGGAUGACCCGGAUCUCGGGGAAGAGGAAAAAAGGCUCAUACUUGAAGGCGGCGUGUCAAAAGCACCCGUUUCAGAUAUUCCUUGGAAAUUAAUUCUAUCAAAAGCACCAGUUUGGGCUCUUAUAAUCUCUCAUUUCUGUCACAAUUGGGGGACAUUCAUUCUAUUAACAUGGAUGCCUACUUACUACAAUCAGGUUCUGAAGUUCAACCUCACAGAAUCUGGGCUCUUAUGCGUUCUUCCGUGGUUAACCAUGGCUGUUUUUGCAAAUAUCGGAGGAUGGAUUGCUGACACAUUAGUUAGCAAAGGCGUUUCCAUAACAGCUGUUCGAAAAAUCAUGCAAUCGAUCGGGUUUUUGGGUCCCGCCUUUUUUCUGACACAACUAAGCCAUGUCAAAACACCUGCCAUGGCAGUAUUCUGCAUGGCAUGCAGCCAGGGAUCUGAUGCAUUUUCACAAUCUGGUCUUUAUUCUAAUCAUCAAGACAUUGGACCACGAUAUGCUGGCGUAUUGCUGGGACUAUCGAACACUGCAGGAGUUCUUGCUGGUGUCUUUGGCACAGCUGCAACUGGAUACAUACUCCAAAGAGGUUCUUGGAAUGAUGUGUUUAAGGUUUCUGUUGCAUUGUACAUAAUAGGCACAUUGGUAUGGAAUAUCUUUUCAACUGGGGAGAAGAUUCUUGACUAAAGAGUGUGAUGAUGUCAAUAAAAGUGUGGCCUAUAUAAUAUAACAAUGGAACAAGAAUCAAAUGAACAAAAAUGUCUUGUAAAGUUAAACCCUCCUAAAGAAGAAAAAAAUACACCAUGAAAGUUUUCACUAAAAACCAUGGCCUUUAAAAUACAAUCAAGUUUAAAAUACAUGUUACUUGAGUACCUUUACUUCA